AUGCGUGCCCUCCAGGAAGGCACACUGGAGAAGAUGGUGGUGUCCAUGGUACCAGCUUUCCCGAGUGGAAAAAUUCCCCACAUCCCCACCUUCAUGUCCACCCACCAGGCCUUCUCCAGAGCCCAGCUGUUCCUGGACCAGCUGUUAACUAGGUGCUGCCCACCAUCUAUCAGAUCUGAUGCCAUUCAGGUGUUCUCUACAUCUGGAAAUAUGCAGUCAUAUAAUAACCAGGGUGACACACCCCAGGACCAAUUGAAAAAGGCCGUAGCUUCUGUGAUGGGAGCCUGGCCGGACCAGAUACAAUAUUUCGGCCGGCCCCUGCUUCUCCCCUGGUUCACCCUGAAGCAGGCCCUCGUGCAGGGCCACCUCCCUGCCUCACACCCGCUGGGCCACGUGCUCAGCCUCUGGGUGGAGCUGGAGCAUCUGGAGCCCACGGAGGCAGAGCUGGAAGCUGCUCCAGAGGCUCCCCCAGAGCCCCAGCGCGCUCCAGAGCCCGAGGAGGGGCCUGCCCAGGGGCCCGUGCCCGGUCCCGCUGUGCCAGAGCUAUUCAAGAGGGUGCUGCCCCACCAGUGCCUGGGCUCCGUCUGGUCCCAGAGAAACAAGCCUGGCAAAAAACACCUGGCCUCCACCGUCCAUGCCACCAUCACACAGUUUAAUAAUGUGGCCACCUGUGUGAUCACCACCUGCCUUGGGGACACUAGCAUGAGGGCCCGGGACAGGGCCAAAGUGGUGGAGCACUGGAUCAAGGUGGCCAAGAAGCGGCCCUCCAGGUUUGCCACUCUGCUGCGGACCCUCCGGGGAACUCGGAAGAGGCCGCACAAGAAGUGUGUUCCCUUCCUUGGCAAAUUUCUAACUGACCUGGAAAUGCUGGACACUAAGUUGGAAGAUUAUCUGGAGGGGAACCAGAUCAACCUGGAGAAAAAGGAGAAGGAACAGAGAGUCAUGGAGAAGAUAGUGCGGCUGCAGGAAGCUGCCAACAUGUAUGAAAUAGAGCCCGAGGAGCAAUUCAGGGCCUGGUUCUGGGCCCUGGAGCGGCUCAGCGAGAAGGAGAGGUGA